AUGGGCUCUAGACUUGAGGCAGGCUCCAACGCCACGCGUAAGAGGAUCGAGAACCAUGAGUUUGUUGGAGAGGACGGCGAAGAGUAUGGGGCAUCUGGUUUUGGAGGCUUUGGAGAUUACUUUCGGCGGAAGAAAAUCAAGCUUCAAAAUCUAGAUGCUGAAAUCCGUUCUUCAUCUCCAAACAAUCCACCCAUAUUCGAAGGCGUUGUGGCACAUAUAAAUGGGUACACGCAACCGUCACUGAACGAUCUUCACCGUAUGAUUGUGAGCCAUGGUGGAGGAUUUCUUCAGUAUCUCGAUGGGAAAACAACGGCAACUCACAUUAUUGCCAGCGCAUUAACUCCCCGAAAAAAAGAGGAGUUCCGGAGAUACCGUGUCGUAAAGCCGGCAUGGAUUGUUGACAGUAUCGAAGCUGGCCGUAUGUUACCGUGGGAGUCGUAUCGUCUACUUGAUGAAGGUACCACGCAAAAGGUUCUGAAGUUUGAUAUCAGCGGUAGAAUUUCUGCCGAAAACAAUACCCAGUCACAAAGUUACAGGACCCAAACAGAUUCAAGCUGGUACACUUCUCAGUUAAACAAAGAGCCACCUUUUGGCUCCCGGAAAACGGUCGGAUCCUCCUCAACCGCGAACAUUACGGAAGACCCUCCUGUAGAAGACGAGCUGGUAACUGAUGUUCAAGCAAUGACUCAGGAUGACUGUGGUGCUGCCUCUCCGACAGCCCCUGGAGAAGCUGGUACACCGGGUUCAGAUUAUCUUUUUCCUUCGACUCAGUCGGAACAGACCACCUCGGAGCAGCUGAACAAGAGCCCGGAAUGUGACAGGAAAAAGCAGCUAACUUCUGAGGAACACAACGCCUUACUACUUUCUAAAGCACACAUCCGGCAAUCCAGCGUAGUGAACCCCGAUUUUAUCCAGCAGUACUACCGUGAGUCUCGCCUUCACCACCUUUCAACCUGGAAGGUGGAGCUCAAAGCACAGCUGCAAACCAUCGCCCAAGAACGUGGUACCGCAAAACUUACAUCUGUCAAACGGCCUCCUGGAACAAGGCGGUAUAUUCUUCAUGUGGAUUUUGACAGUUUUUUUGCAGCGGUUUCUUUGCAAAAGCACCCUGAGCUUGCCGAAAAACCCGUUGCAAUUGCACAUGGAACUGGUCCAGGAUCCGAAAUAGCUAGCUGCAAUUACCCUGCACGCAAAUUCGGUGUUAAGAACGGGAUGUGGAUGAAGGGAGCCUUGGAGCUCUGCCCAGAGCUCAAAGUACUAUCUUAUGACUUUCCGGCAUACGAGGACGCUAGCAGGAAGUUCUACGAAGCAAUACUUGACAUUGAUGGCAUUGUUCAAAGUGUUAGCAUUGAUGAGGCCCUUGUUGAUAUUUCUGCAAUUUGUAUUCAGGCUGGUGGCUCUGACGGAAGAGCAAUGUCUGAAGCAUCAACAUAUCGGGAACAAGAAAAGGCAGAUACAGUUGCGCAAAACUUGCGAGAUUCCAUCAAGCAGAAAACUGGUUGCCAUGUAUCUGUUGGCAUUGGGCAGAAUAUCCUACAGGCAAAAUUGGCGUUGAAAAAGGCAAAACCUGCCGGCCAGUUCCAGCUAAAGCCAGAAAAUGUGCUUGAUUUUAUUGGUGAAUUUACUGUCACUGAUCUUCCCGGUGUAGCGCACAGUUUGGGGGCAAAACUUCAAGAACUCAGCGUCAAGUAUGUCAAAGAUAUCCGCCAGCUUAGCCGGGAAAGGUUAACCGGCCAUCUUGGUCCAAAAACUGGUGCAAAGUUAUGGGAGUAUGCACGAGGAAUCGACAACACUGUUGUUGGGGACCAAGUAAUUCGAAAGUCUGUUUCAGCGGAAAUAAACUGGGGAAUUCGGUUUGUUAACCAGACACAAGCGGAUGAGUUUGUGCAGAGCUUGUGUGAGGAGCUACAUCGUCGGCUGUUGGAGAACGGGGUCAAAGGCAGACAGCUGACGAUGAGGAUAAUGCGAAAGGCUGCUGAUUCACCGGCUGAUCCACCUAAACAUCUCGGGCAUGGCAAAUGUGACACUUUUAAUAAGAGUGUCGCCCUACAUACUCCAACCAAUGCAAGUGAUAUCAUUGGUAAAGAAGCAGUUUCCAUUCUACGCAGCUUUAACUUCUCACCUGGGGACCUGAGAGGAUUGGGAGUGCAAAUGACGAAGCUCACGCCCAUUAAAACUACCCCCGGUGGUGAACAACCAAAUAGCCAGCAGCAGCUCCAGUUCAAAGCGGCUAGCCCUAGCUCGGAGAAGAUGAUUCCUCAAGAUCCCGAUGAAAUUCUCAGUCCUAAAAAGGAGGAGAACACAAGCCCACAUAUAUCUGCGUCACUAGCCUUUAGCAACUCGCUAAGUGAUACAUCUCAGAAGCCCUUGAAUACAAGAGGCACACAGUUCAUCUUACCGACACAAGCAGAUCCUUCAAUUCUUGCAGAACUACCAGGCGAUAUUCGGUCUAAAUUGGCUCCAAGGGAGAGACCGAGUGUCAGUGAGCAGCUAAAAGCGGCAGCUUCUGCACAACGCUCAAUGAAUACGCCUUUUGCAUCAACAGCCCUUCCUCCGGAAUCGCAACUUGAUCAGGACACCCUGAAUGCAUUACCUGAGGAUGUAAGGGCGGAAGUUCUAGGCUACUAUAAGCAAAAUGCCAACGCACCAGUAAUCGGUUCUUCAAGCCCUACACCUUUACCAAAAUCACCGCUUCACAAAAAACCUACGACGCCAACAAAGCCAAGGUCUGGUCGCGGACGAGGACGACCAAGAGCUGCUGCUAGGUCGGCAACCGGGCCUACCCACACACAGUCGAGCUUCAUACUCCCUCAGCCCCCGUUGUUCACCCAUAGAGGCACCAACUCCCCGGAUAAUACUUCCACACGAACAUCCGCGAAUCCCGGUAGCGAGAUCUCAGCGGAAUUUCUUGCCGCUUUGCCGGAAGACAUACGUCAGGAAGUUCUAGAAGAGCGCAGACAGGCUCUAAUCCAAGAGCAAGGAGGCGUAAACCUUGCCUCCGUGCAUGAGAAGAAUACGCGGAUCAAACAGCGUAGAUCUAAUAAUGCUUCUGUCCCCGUAGAGCCCGAGCAGAGACUCCUCCGCUUUGAUCCGCGUCCUGCGAAACCUACCUUUACAUCAAAAAGGCUGUCUUCUCUUCCGGAACUUCGUGAGGCCUUAAGUGAAUGGUAUGCAUCAUUUGAAGACGACGAACCGUACGAAGAAGACGUAGAAGCGCUCACCAAGUAUCUGAGACGAGUCGUCCUUGAGGAAAAGGAUAUUUCAAAAGCCACUGACUUAACGCGAUGGCUAGGCUGGCUCGUCAACGAUUCCAACAGUAGCUGUCAUAAUAGCACGGGAAACACGAGCCCCUCAAGCAGGUCUAGCCUAUCACCGUCUGGCUGGAAGAAUGCAGUUAUCAAAGUGCAGAACUGCGUGAGCAGCGCUGUUGCGCAAAGGGGCUUGCCUCCCGUUGAUUUUACGUGA